UUCCGCGAGCGGGGAAACUGAAGGGAAACUGCAAAAACCAAGUUCAAAGUUGACUGUCAAAAUUUUUAGCGGACCUAUAUAACCAUCUUUCUCCGUUGCUACUUGAGCUCGGAAAUAAUUUAUCGAAUCUUUGCCCUCAUGCCCACAUUCGAUUUCAUUGUGGUGGGCUCCGGUGGCGGACCCGACGAAACGAACCUAUCAGGGUAUAUGCUCAAGCCUUGCGAGGCUGCUUGGGAUGAUGGUAUUAUUGCAUUGGAGGCGGGGUCGGGUCUUGGCGCGCUCAGACAUAUUAUGAAGCGCGACCCACACAUCUUCGGACAACGUCCAACGGACGCAGAUCCAGCAUCUUUUACUCCUCUCACGGUGUAUUCAAAUGUCAAGUGUUUCCUCCUUACACACGCACAUCUUGACCAUAUUGGCAGUCUUGUAAUGGCCGCGGGCACGCUUGGCGGUACCAGAAAGCGUAUAUAUGGCUCAACCCAGACUCUCAGAGAUCUAGAGACUGUCUUCUCCGGAAGAGUAUGGCCCAAAUUAGCCACAUAUGAUGAGAAUAACCCACUAUUCCGAUUGGUGUAUCACGCCCUCCAUGCAGAUGGCAAAUACGAGACCAUCUUCCCCGAUAUCUCUGUCCGCAUGAUGACCGUCAGCCAUGGAAUGAACGAUUCCGGUCAGUAUGACGGUGCUUGCUUUUUCAUCCGACACGACCCCACAAAACACGAGUUCAUCUUCUUCGGUGACGUCGAACCCGACACCGUUUCUGUCAAGCCGAAGAACAUCGCCGUCUGGCGCGCAGCAGCACCAAAGAUACCCCAUGACAUAUCUACCAUCUUCAUUGAGUGUUCAUACCAAGCAGGGCGGCCGGACGGGGAACUUUGGGGUCAUCUCAGUCCCGAACAUCUGGUACAGGAGCUGGUCACGCUGGCAACAGAGGUUGUCACCGCCCGGAAAGCACGUGAAUCACGCUCGAGAUCAAGACCGCGAAAGAAGCAGCGGAAGGACUCUAUGUCACCUGAGGCCCUGCACGGCGCACUCGAGGGUGUCAAAGUGUACAUCAUGCACUGCAAAGAGUACUUCUCCACAGAACGACCAAUCAAUCACGUUAUUGGCGACCAAUGUCGUGAGCUACUCGCGCCCCACCAACUAGGGGUCGAACUACUCACUGCGGACCAAGGCAUGAAGAUUGUGAUCUGAACCUUAUCCUCAACGGACUUUUCUUAUCUGUUCUAUUAUUCGUUGGGCUAUAUAUAUUAGGAGAAAUCCACCGAUACCC